AUGGCGACAGCGACGAACACGAGGGCUCCCCAUCGCCCUCGACCUGUAAGGAGGAGCGCCUACCCCCAGGUCGGGCCUGAGAUGUGCAGCAGCAGCAGCAGGGGGCGAGGAGGCAGGCGUCGUGGUGGUGGGCUCGUCUUUGAGGCACUCGAGGUCGUGCGCGGCAUCAUGGACGCCCGGCAGCUGCGGGUCCCCAUUCAGGCUGCGGCAUCUCCUCCAUGCGCGCCGCCAUGGUCCUCUGCUGCGUCAACAGCGAAUUGUGGAGAUGUCUGUGUCUGCAGAUUUCUCAAAGAUACACAAGCUGAUGGUGGUUUGGAAGAUGUACAAGUUGCUGGAGGUUUGGAAGAUCUACAAGUUGCUGGAGUGACAAUCUGUAUGUAUAUGUUUUGUGAUCUGUCAUGUCUGUUCGAAUAUAAUGAUUGGAUAUUAAAUGAGGGAUAUCUUGCCCAGAACAAUUUAUAUUGCUUCCGAGAAAGCACGUCAUGGCAUAUUACCUGCCAGAGGAAAGCCCGUGCGGUCCAAAAAGAACCUGAACCAAAUGUAGUGGAAAUCUUCAAGGAUUGCCACACCAGCAAGAUGAAGGGCAUGAGCACACCAGUUCAAGCAGCUGUUCCAAUGUCAGUUACUAUGUUCACUUUUAUACACAGUUGUAUUAAUGUAUCAUUUCCUCUUACAUGGUUUAAAAGAGAUGAAGGAUAUUCUUUUGGUCUUGAUCUAUAA